GACUGGGAGAGAGAGAGAUGUCAGGUGAACAGAGACAGGAAUGGUCCGGAGGAAGGGAAGAGGGGAAGAAUUAGAGUCCAGAUAGCAGAGAGGCAAAGCAAGGACCAAGGAGGCAACCAGGAGGGCAAAGUUUUCCCGGUUCGGCGACUGGUCCGUCCCCGACGAGAUUAAUGUCGUCGGAGCCGGAGGAGGAGAAAAUUGCAAUAAUGACACAGGUGAAUGUGGUGGAGGAUAAGGGUUAUCCUUCACCACUCUCAUCUCACGAGGAUGUUGUCAAGAACCCGACAGUCUUUUGGGAUACUCUCCGGCAGUUCCAUUCUAACCUGGGUACCAAGUUCAUGGUUCCGGUUAUCGGAGGCAAAGAGCUGGAUUUGCAUCUGUUGUACGUGGAAGUUACCAAAAGAGGUGGUUUUCAACAGGUGGUAAGAGAAAAGAAAUGGAGGGAUGUGAGUGCUGCUUUCAACUUCUCUCCCACCACAACAAGCGCUUCUUUUGUGCUGAGGAAACAUUACUCCAGCCUUCUUCACUUCUACGAACAAGUUUAUUUCUUUAAGUUACCAGAGGCAUUGCCUGUGAUGAGUCCACCAUGUAAAUCAGAAAUGCCUCAUCCCAUGGAAUCUGGUUCUGAGUCUAUGCAGCAGCAACAAGAACAGACAUCCCAGAAGACGACAACGAAUUCCCCUGACCUGAAUAUCAGAGAACAUUCGUAUUUACCAGUGGUUGGAACAAUUGAUGGGAAAUUUGACUAUGGUUAUUUGGUUAGUGUGAAAUUGGGUUCGGAUAUCCUACAUGGGAUACUUUACCACCCUCCAUCAACAGCCCCUUCUUCUUCCAUCUCUCCCAUCAAUGCUGGCAUCUCUUGUGAGUCUACUCCUCGCCUUAGUGGUAAGAAGAAGCGGCGGAGGAAGCAUGGAGAUCCUAGCCACCCAAAACCCAACCGAAGCGGUUACAACUUCUUCUUUGCUGAAAAGCAUUCCAUGCUCAAAGCUCUGUACCCUAGCAAAGAAAGAGAGUUCACUAAAAUGAUUGGAGAAUCCUGGUUCAAACUCAGUGAAGAAGAACGGAUGGUUUAUCAAAAUAUUGGGUUAAAGGAUAAGGAAAGAUACAGGAGAGAAUUGAAGGAAUACAAGGAGAGGUUGAGCUUGAAGCAACUUCAAGCUGCCGAGGUUGAAACAGCUGAUCCCCGAGGGAAAAGCCAAGAUGAAAACUAACACAACAAAAAAUUAACUGACAUAUAAAAAGUUUAUGUAUACGCCACUUGGCAGGACUUGGUAGACAUUCUUACUUAAAGAUCUUGUGAGUUGUGAUCUUGGAUUGGAUGAAAAACUACAUUAACCAUCUUUGGUUGCAUAUAUACCCUGCUUAAAUUGCUUGCUUUUA